AGCUCAACGAGCGCCUAAUUUUGUCUUUCGCCAGGAAGGCCGAGAUGAAGGAAAAGCCACAUGCGCAAGCAAACCCUGCCUGCUGCUGCCGCUUGUGUGCUGAGAUCUACUCACUGCGCCCACUUGACUUUUGCUUCUUCCUCAUCAGCCCUGGCUCACAACUCGAUCGACCCCUGACUCGAACUCUCAACCAAGGCAGCCAUACCUGCAGUUCAGAUUGGCAAGUCCCCGUCGCGCCACACGAGCCGACCACUCCCAUUGCUUGCGACCGGUCUCUCCCACCGCGACCGCAUUCCGCUACGGCCAAAGACUCAAACAAGCGAAAGGCCCUUGAGGCACAUCUCCCGCCGUCAUGGCCUCUCCUGGUCGAGCUGUCUCUCCACCGCCGGACGGGUCUCACGCUUUGGCGGACGCUAGUGGCAUUGACGUGGCGCCCCGCACUUCCCACGAGUCUGCCAUAGCAGGUCAGGGCCUGCGCGCAGGUGGACACCGAACCUCCUCGGCAGCCGCUCAGCAGAUGGAGCAAGAUCUCGAUGCCGCAAGGCAAAUGUCCAGAGCUCGAGCAGGCAGCAAUGCAGGUGCUCAUCACUCGCCGCUAUCACCAAGAGUUCAGAUACCUUACGGCACCCGCCGACCUUCUCACACGGAGUUACCCGAGCCCGCUCUGGAGGUGGACACCCAGUUGGACCCAUCGCGUCUUCAUCACAGCACCUCGCCGCAUCGAGCUUACACGUUUGCCACCGGAACCUCUCCUGCUGCUUACAGACAACAUCAAGAGCAACGAGAAGCUGCUGCAGCUGCUGCUCAUUUUUACCAGCAACGUAGGCAUGGCUCAAACACUUCGCUCGACUCGGCGAAUCACUUCAUCGACCAUCGCUCGAAUCAAGCUUUUGGUCCUCAUGCUGGCUCGUACGUAGCCAGUCCCUCGCGUCUACAAGCAACUGGAAGCCUUGCCUUUGGAGGCAGCGGCUCCAGGACAUUUGCUAGAUCCGGACUUCGCAGCCCAUCUGGCCUUCGAGCGCAAGACGAGUCCGCUCUCGUCGAUACCGAGGGACCGCCUGUAGCCGGACUUUCGCCAACAGAUGUGCGAGGUGAUCAUGGAGUCAGCACGCCUCAUACCAUGUCGCGCAGACCCAGCGCACUUGAGGAUGACGUCUGCUUCCCGCUCAACGCUCACACCGCCGAAGGGCAGGAUCUCUUGCGCGACGGGAGCGCUGCGACCCCGCGUCAUGCUCUUGGCCCUCACUCGCACGCACCUGGAAUGGCUGAGAAUGAAGAAGACCUGCACUGCGAGCCUCACGACGACCAGCGCCUACCUCCAGGGUAUCCCUUCAACUUUGACUUGUCUGCCCUAGAAGACUUUGCUAGGGAGGAGCGCGAGCGCUUGACGACUGGCGCAGCCCCUCCAGUAACCUUUGGCACAGGCCUGCGCAAUCGGCACGCUGCUAUGCGCUCCCAAAGCGGAGCAGACAACUAUGGUAGCACAGCAUACGGCGCGAGCCCGGACUCUGACGAUGCAACGUUCUACAGCCGCCGACCUCGGCGCUUCGUACCAGCGGACGCCGCCGCAGCACAAGGCAAAGGUGGUCCCGAGACUGCAGCUGGCGGAAGCAAGUAUCAGCGCAAGCUCGCACUGUUCGAGGGGUCGGCAACGUCUCCACCUCCCCCUGCUGUAGGUGGCCGAGCAACGACAGUGAGCGGUGCUGCGAACAUCAUGGGGUCGGGCGCUCUGAUGACGGAAGAUGCCAUUCGGGCACGGCAGGCGAAUCAGACACAGGAUGCAAAGACGCCUUUGCUCGGCGAUCCGCCCGUUCCUUCAUACACAUCCGCUUACGACAUUUCACCGAACGGAGACGGCCCUGAUGGGGAUGGGCCUCCAAAGUUGCCACGCUCACAAAGCAUGGGCGCCAACUUCGAUCAUGGACAUGGUCGAGGUGCAUUGAGCGCUGCUCAGCGUCGGCGUAGCGGCGCAGGGUUCGGAUCCCGCUCGACCGCAGAGAAGCCGUACCGCUUUACCUUCUACUCCAACGCUCUCCCAUCCACCAUUCAUGCCCGCCAUUUGGCUGAGCUCCCUGCUCCUGGACAAACCUUCGAAGAGCUCUUUAGCGGCAUCAGCCCUGCUUCAGACAGCGAAGGUGUCACAAGGAACCAGACUCCGGCUGAAGGAGAUGAUGUCGGCAUGAACGGUGGCGCGAACGCUUCCGCCACGGGCACCGGCAGCAGCAAGCUGGACAUUAACGGCAAAGAUGCCAGGCCUUUGCGGCAGACAUCCGUGCUUGCCGCUCAGCUUGGCAGAAUGGAAGGUGGCACACAGCCGCCCACGGGCCGCAACACUCCAGAGCUGAGCGCCGGUCCCUUGCCCGCAGCUCCAUUGAGUGCGGGCAAUCAAAGCACUUUUCAACGAGUCCCGACCAUGACUAGCGCCGCUCGCAAUUCCCAGGCAAUGUUGCCUGCGAGGGUCGCGCCGGGUGGUGGGAUUAGGAUGGACCAGGACCCGGAAGCGAACACCUGGUGGUUAGACGUGCUAUGCCCAACGGACCAAGAAAUGAAACUGCUCAGUCGGGUGUUUGGUAUUCAUCCAUUGACAACAGAAGAUAUUCUCAUGGAAGAAACGCGCGAAAAGAUUGAGCUCUUCAGGAACUACUACCUCGUCUGCUUCCGCUCCUUCGAUCAGGAUCCAUACAGUCCGACGUACCUGGAGCCACUGAACAUGUACAUCAUUGUGUUCAGAGAGGGCACGUUAUCAUUCCACUUCAGGGCCACGCCUCACCCGCAAAAUGUUCGCAGACGCAUCAAGCAACUCAAGGACUACAUCAACGUCACGUCGGAUUGGAUCAGCUAUGCCCUCAUCGACGACAUCACGGACGCGUUCGGCCCCCUCAUCCAGUCCAUCGAGUACGAAGUGGACAGCAUCGACGAGCUUGUGCUCAUUCUCAAGGAAGCCGAGCAGUCUGAUAUGCUCCGGAGAAUCGGCACCUGCCGCAAGAAAGUCAUGGGUCUCUUACGCCUCAUGGGCAACAAGGCGGACGUCGUGAAAGGGCUUGCCAAACGUUGCAACGAAAACUGGUCCGUCGCGCCCAAGAGCGACAUUGGAUUGUACCUCUCCGACAUUCAAGACCAUUUGAUCACCAUGACCCAGAAUUUGAACCACUACGAAAAGAUUCUUUCGAGAAGUCACUCCAAUUACUUGGCACAGAUCUCCAUCGAGAUGACCGACGCCAACAAUCAGAUCAACGACGUCCUGAGCAAGUUGACGGCGCUCGGUACCGUAAUUGUGCCAAUGAACAUCAUCACGGGUUUGUGGGGUAUGAACGUGAACGUGCCUGGUCAGGAUCAAGGAACGCUGGCUUGGUUCUUUGGUAUCAUUGGAGUCAUGGUCUUCCUCGCCGUCGUUGGUUACAUGGCCACCAUCCGCUUCAUCUCCAAAUAGAGCUCCGACUUGCACAUCGACGGACCUGCGCCACACACAUCUCUACACAUGUUUCGUUUUCGCUCUUAUUAUACACGCAAGACGCGUUUCAUUAUUCGAUUAUCUUAUGGUCUCUUUUUCAUUUCGCUUGCCUGGUCUCCUCCUCUCAUGCUUGUUCGACUUUUGAAUCGACACCUCCUCUCAUCCAUGCAUGCUAUUGUCAAUAGGC